CGCGUGCGCUAGAGAACAGAAGAUAGAGGGAGAAUGGAGAGAGGAAGCGCGCGCGCACUCACCCACACACACACACACACACACACAUACGUACAAAACCGUAGCUGCAGCAUCAGCACCAGGAAAGACGAAUAGAGCGAUGCACGCGCACUCCUUUCCUUUCUCUCGGACAAUAAGCCGUGAUGUGAUGUGAUGUGAUGGUGAUGUGAUGUGUACGGGAGGCUCGUGAGCGGUCAUGCAGAACAGCACGGCGGUUCGGUGCGACACAGGAGCCGCGGAGCGCAUCUCCAUCGCCGCUCUGUUCUCCUUCAUGUGCGCUCUCGGCACCGUCCUCAACCUGUUGGUCAUCGGUCUGGUGUUGAGCUUCAAGAAGCUGCGCACAGCGAGCAACGCCUUCAUCGUGAACGGCUGCGCGGCCGACUUGCUCGUGUGCGCCUUCUGGAUGCCACACGAGGCGGCCGUGGCGGCGUCAGUGCCAUCCCCGCUCUACGGCGCCGCCCCCCGGGACGCGCUGCUUUUCCUCGGCGCCACCGUGUCGCUCCUGUCGCACUCGCUCAUCGCCGUGAACCGCUACGUGCUGAUCACGAAGCCGCCCGCCGCCUACCACGCGCUCUACCAACGGAGGCGCGCGCAGGCCAUGAUCGCCGCGUCGUGGCUCGUCGCGCUCGCGUGCCUGCUGCCGCCGUGGCUCGCGGUGGCUCGUCGACCAGCGUUCGCGUGCGGACUGAUGCUGCUGAUGCUGCUCUCCGAGCCCUGGGCUGCUGCCACGCUCGCGCUCACCAUUCUCGGCCAGACCGCGAUUGUGACGUACUGCUACUUCAAGAUCUUCCGGCGCGUGCAGAUCAGCGCUAAGCGCGUGAGUGUGCUGCACUUCCAACUCGUCAACAACCUGCCGUACUCGUUCCCGAGAAAGGACAAACGGCUCGGCGUGCAUGUGCUGGCCGUGUGCCUGGUGUUCGUGUUGACCACAGAGCCCGUCCUGUGGACUCUGACCGCGGGCCUGUUCGCUCCUGUACCGGCAGCGUUCCGCACGUGCGCCUGGCUCCUCUUCUGCUCAGUCUUCGUGUCCGACCCGUUCCUGUACACGUGGAAGAACGAGGAGUUCAGAAAAGCGUUCAGGUCCGUCCUGAGAGGGGACUUCUGGCGAGGCUCCACCGUGGCCGCUGAGCCCGUUACCGUCAGCACCGUUUCUCACGUUUUCCCCCGACAGAACAGCCGCAGGGCGUUUUUAGCCGAGAUGAGCUAA